CGGCCCGGCCAAUCGCGGCGCGGGCAGGCGUGCCGAAUCCCGGGCUUUAAAGGCUGAGUCAGGCGCGCCCGGGUCAGAACCUCUGGCUCGCCGGGUGUUGGGACAGCGGCCUUCGUCUCUCAAGUCCUCCUGCGCAGCUGUGGCCGCCGCAGGUUUUUGAAACAUGAAUCCUUCACUCUUUCUGGCUGCCCUUUGCUUGGGAAUAGCCUCAGCUGCUCCAAAACUUGAUCCCAGUUUAGAUGCACAAUGGUACCAGUGGAAGGCAACGCACAGAAGACUGUAUGGCGUGAAUGAAGAAGGAUGGAGGAGAGCAGUGUGGGAGAAGAAUAUGAGAAUGAUUGAACUGCACAAUCAGGAGUAUAGCCAAGGGAAGCACGGCUUCACCAUGGCCAUGAAUGCCUUUGGUGACAUGACCAAUGAAGAAUUCAGGCAGGUGAUGAAUGGCUUUCAAAACCAGAAGCACAAGAAGGGGAGAGUGUUCCUUGAACCUCUCUUUCUUGAAGUCCCCAAGACUGUGGAUUGGCGAGAGAAAGGCUACGUAACCCCGGUGAAGAAUCAGGGUCCAUGUGGUUCUUGUUGGGCUUUUAGUGCGACUGGUGCCCUUGAAGGACAAAUGUUCCGGAAAACUGGGAAACUUGUUUCACUGAGUGAGCAGAACCUGGUGGACUGCUCUCGGGCUGAAGGCAAUCAGGGCUGCAAUGGUGGCCUGAUGGAUAAUGCCUUCCAGUACGUCAAGGACAACGGAGGCCUGGACUCAGAGGAAUCUUACCCAUAUCUUGCGAAGGAAGGAAAUAACUGUAAUUACAAGCCCGAGUAUUCUGCUGCCAACGACACUGGCUACGUGGACAUCCCUCAGAAGGAGAAGGCCCUUAUGAAGGCAGUGGCUACUGUAGGGCCCAUCUCUGUUGCUAUUGAUGCAGGCCAUGAGUCCUUCCAGUUCUAUAAAUCAGGCAUUUAUUAUGAUCCAGACUGCAGCAGCAAAGACCUGGAUCAUGGUGUUCUGGUGGUUGGCUAUGGCUUUGAAGGAAGAGAUUCAAAUAACAAUAAAUUUUGGAUUGUCAAGAACAGUUGGGGUCCAGAAUGGGGCUGGAAUGGCUAUGUAAAAAUGGCCAAAGACCAGAACAACCACUGUGGAAUUGCCACAGCAGCCAGCUAUCCCACUGUGUGAGCUGACGGACAGUGAUGGAGAGGACUUGAGGACAGCAUAUCCAGAGGAAUUUUAUCUUAAAACUGAACAAACCCUUAUGCGUAAGAUAAGACACUUGAAUCUUUGAGGAUCCAAGUUGUGAUUUGAAUUCUGUGACAUUUUUAUAAGGGUAAAAUGUUACCACUACUUUAAUUACUGUUAUAAAUAGCUUUAUAAUGUUGAAGACUCAUUGCUUAAUUCUAAGAAUUUUGAAUUUCCAUUUUUUAAAAGGAUAUAUAAAGUUACCUUUUAAAAUAAAUUUUAAUUCACUAUGUA